UGCUCCAUCCCUGCCUGCUCUGGGCUGAGCAUCCCGCUGCUCCAUCCGCAUCCGUGCUCCAUCCCCUGCCUGGGGGAUGACGUCCGUCACUGAGCUGAGAACCAAAGGCACGGGGUUUUGGGGGUUGCUUUGCCAUUUUUCUCUGCACACAGCAUGUAUUUGAAUGCCCCCCAACCACCUCAGGGUCCCCUCACAUCCCAGGGGUCUCCUGGGGACAAUGCUCGGCACCUCGCAUCCCUCCCAGCAUCCUUUUUCUUUACAGAAGAGGAAGGGGCUGCCACUGCUCCCGCUGCGCUGCGGGGGUGAGAAUGUGGGGCUCGGGGGCUGCUCAGGGGCUUCUCCAUCACUGAGCCCCCCCAAAUGCCUGGAGGGGAGCUCACCCCCCCCCGUGUCCCUGACGUCGCCCUGGGUGCUGAGGUGGCUGCUGGGGUUGGGGGAAGCGGUUCAUCACGCUGUUCCCAAUAUGUCACUGCUCAUUUCUGUCCCGUCCCCGUGGAACGCAGGCGGCUGCCUGUGCUGCGGGGACACCGGGUGCUGGGGCGAUGCUGAGAGACGCUGACUCCGGCUGCAGCGCGGCUGCAGCGUUCCGCAGGCAGCAGGAGCAGAGCCCGGCUGCGGAGCUGGGCUGGGAUCUCUGCCUCGUCUCUGCACCCCUGGGCUCCAGGUGCCAAGGCAAAGCGGCACGAGAGGUGGACUGCGGUGCUGAGCCCCAGGGAUGGAGUGGCCAGCGAACACAGCGGAGAAGCAGAACCCUGUGGACUACGGCGUCCAGAUCCGCUUCAUCAAAGACUUGGAGGAGCCGCGGCGGCCCCCGAAGCCCCGCGGCAAGCCCGGCUCCUACGGGGUGGCGGUGCGGGUGCAGGGCAUCGCCGGGCAGCCCUUCGUCGUCCUCAACAGCGGUGAGAAAGGCAGCGAUUCCUUUGGGGUGCAGAUCAAGAGCGACGGCUCCUACCCCAACCCCACCGCUGGCCCUCGACCAUCCGGCUCUGUCAGCUCCGACUCGGAUCUGCCGGAAAACCCUUACGCUGGACGGCAGCCCCGGCACGGCUCAUCCUACAGCACCUCAGACGAGGAGGCAAGCGGUGGCGCGGUGACCUCCGGGCAUGAGCCCAAAUUUUCAUCAGGCACACGGCCGCCCGGUGAGAAGCUGCGGAGGUUUCAAUCCCAUGGGGAUCUGCUCGGCGCUGCCACGGAUGAGCCGUUGGCCACCGGUGCUCCUUGGGCAAACAGUAGCCGGGAUCUGCCCAGCGGCAAAAGCAGCAGCUUGAUGGACAUCACGCUGGAGCAGAGCAAAGCCACCGGCUCGCGGACCACGGCCAAGGUCACCUCCUCAGACACAGAGGCCGCAGUGGGCACCGGCGACGUGGACACCAAACCGCUCUCCUCAGUGGAUUCGCUCAUCAGUAAGUUCGAUGGGAAAGUGCAGCAGCGCGGACGAGCGGCCAGGAGGGGCCGGAUGCCCUCGGAGGAGAGGAAACGCUCACAGAGCCUGGACGGCCGUGUCUCCCACCGUGAUGUGCCGAAUGCCAGGGAGCUGAGCGGUGCUCAGCGCUGGGCCAGCGGCGUUCAUUCCCAGCCCGCAGUGCCCGCCGGCAGCCUGAGCCGCCCGCGCGCUGCUGCAGGAACAGAGGAGCAGGGCACGAGGAGCCAGCGGGCAACGCGGGGCGCGGAGGAGCCCGUGGCUGAGCAGCUGCAGAGCAAAGCCCGGGCAGAGCUGCAGCACCUCAAAUCCACCCCAGACCUGCUGCGGGACCAGCAGGAGGUUGCCCAGCCCGGCAGCAGCGAGCACCCCAAGGAGCUCAUCUACAGCAUCCUGAAGGAGGGGAGCAGCGAGAGUGAAAUUGCCCUGAAGAGGAAAACCGCCCGGCUGCUGGAGAAGAUGCAGGAGCUGGCAGGGCCCAGGGACGCUUGUUCUCAGCCCCAGCACAGGGACCUAACUCGGAAGGUGGAGGAGCUGCAGGAGAAGCUCGACGAGGAGACCAAGCUCCGCCAGAAGCUGGAGCUGCCCAGGGAGCCAGCGAGGAGCGGUUCGGCUCGAGCGCUGGAGUCGCGUCUACGUGAGGCCGAGGGGGAGAGCGAGCGGCUGCGGGCAGCCCUGGAGAAGAAAAACCAGGAGCUGCAGAGAAGCUUACAGGAGCUGAGCAAGGUGAAAACAGCCAAGGAGGAAGCAGAAGCCCAGCUGGGCGACUGUGAAGAGCGGCUGCUGGCCACGCACCGAGAGCUCGACCACCUGCGUGAGGGCUCUGGCGCAUCCCCGGACGCCGAAGCUUUGUAUAAGGAGCUGCUGGAGACCAGGGAGGAGCUGGAGGAGGCCCUGAGCUCCAGACAGCGGCAGGAGGAGCAGCUGCGGCUGCGGGAGCGGGAGCUGACAGCGCUGAAGGGAGCUCUCAAGGAGGAGGUAGCCAGCCACGACAAAGAGCUCGACCGCGUGCGGCAGCAGUACCAGAGCGACAUGGAUGAGCUGCGGCACAGCAUGGAGGGCAUCACGCAGGACCAGGCCAACCUGGAGUCGGAGAGGCAGAAGAUCAACGCCGUGGUGCGGAACCUGCAGCGGGAGCUGGAGGAGAGUGCGGAGGAAACGGGGCAUUGGCGGGACAUGUUCCAGAAGAACAAGGAUGAGCUCCGUACCACCAAGCAGGAGCUGUUGCAGGUGAAGCUGGAGCGGGAGGAGUUUGAGGAGGAGCUGCGGGAGCUACGGGAACGCUUCGCGGCUGCCAAGGAGGAGGUGGACCAAGCACGGAGCAGCACAGUGGACCCUGGCGAGCUGGAGGCCCUCAGGAAGGAGUUGCGGGAAGCGCGGCAGGCGCAGCGGGAGCUGGCGGCGGAGAAGGAGAGGCAGGAGGAGCUGCUGCAGCAGCGGGAGCGGGAGCUGGCAGCACUGAAGGGCACCAUGCAGGAGGAGGCAUCCAGCCGCCAUGGGGAGCUGGAGCGGUGUCGCCGGGACGUGCAGCAGCUUCAGGAGGAGCGGAACGAGGCCACCAAGGCAAAGGCUUCCCUGGAAAGCGCAUUGGAGGUGUCGGAGCAGGCGAGGAAGGCGGUGGAGUCCAGUCUGCGGGAAGUGCAGGAGCAGAACGAUGACUUGAGGAGGAAGGUCCUCGGGCUGGAGACGCACCUGAAGGAGUAUGAGCGCCUGGGCAAGAACUGGGAGGGCUCCCAGGCACGGCUAAAGGAGAAAGUCACCAAACUGGAGGCAGAGCGCAAGCAGGCGGAGGAGUCGCUAGGUGAAGCCACGGAGCGGGAGCAGGAGCUGCUGAUGGCCAAGCGGACGCUGGAGACCCACCUGGAAGAGACACAACGGAGCCUGGCCCGGCUGACGCAGGAGCACCAGGAGCUGAGCGUGUCCUACCAGGAUGAGCAGCGGCAGAAGGAGCAGCUCAAGCGCGCCAAGAACGACCUGGAGGAGCAGAAACGCCUGCUGGAUCGCACCACGGAGAAGCUGAACAAAGAGCUGGAGCAGAUGACGGCAGAGUCACACAACUCGCUGGCCGUGCUGAAGUCGCAGCUGGAGGAGUUCAAGGAGAAGUCCCGGAAGGAGAUCACGGACUCCCAGAAACAAGCCAAGGAUCGGGGCGCCGAGGUGGAGAAGAUGCAGCUCAACGUGGGGCGGCUGCAGGAUGAGGUCUCGCGGCUGAAGCAGGCGCUGCAGGACAGCCAGGCGGAGCGGGAGAGCGCGCUGCUGGACAAGGAGGUGCUGCUGCAGCGCCUGCACAACCUCGAGCAGGAGAUGGAGGCCAAGAGGCGCUCGCAGGAUGACCGCUCACGGCACGUCAAGGCGCUGGAGGAAAAGUCCAAGCGCCUGGAGGUGGAGCUGGAUGAGGAGAAGACCACGGUAGAACUGCUGACCGAGAGGGUCAACCGGAGCCGGGACCAGAUCGACCAGCUGCGGGCAGAGCUGCUGCAGGAACGCUCCAGCCGCCAGGACCUGGAAUGCGACAAGGUCUCUCUGGAGAGGCAGAACAAGGAGCUGAAGAACCGCCUGGCCAGCUCGGAGGGGCUGCAGAAGCCCAGCAGCAACAUCUCACAGCUGGAGGCGCGGCUGGAGGAGCUGCAGGACAAGCUGCAGGUGGAGGAGAGGGAGAAGAGCGUCCUGCUGUCCUCUAACCGCAAGCUGGAGAGGAAGGUGAAGGAGCUGACCAUCCAGAUCGACGACGAGCGGCAGCAUGUCAGCAACCAGAAGGACCAGCUGAGCCUGAAGGUGAAGGCCCUGAAGCGCCAGGUGGAUGAGGCAGAGGAGGAGAUCGAGCGGCUGGAGGGCGCCCGCAAGAAGGCGCAGCGCGAGCUGGAGGAGCAGCACGAGCUCAACGAGCAGCUCCAGACCCGCAUCAAGGCACUGGAGAAGGAAGCUUGGCGCAAAGCCGCCCGCACGGCCGCCGACACCUCCCUGCAAGACGACCAGCUCAGCUCGGACGAGGAGUUCGACAGCGCCUACGGGCCCUCGUCCAUCGCCUCGCUGCUCAACGAGGCCAACCUGCAGACGAGCUCCUGCUGAUGCCCGUCUACGCCGGCCCAGAGCGAGGAGCCGGAUACGGCCACUGCCGCUCUACACAAAAACUCUUCUCACCCCAAGGAUGUGAAGGAAGGCGUCGCUCUAGCCGCGGCACGUGGGGAUCCCCUGCCGGCUGCCUCCCCUCUCCAUCUCCAUGCAAGGAUCAGAGUGGGUCGUUGCCAGGAUCCCACCAGGAUGCCGCGGUGCCGGGGUCCAAGCAGGGGGAUCAUGGGAGGGGCCACUGGCCACCCCAGGUUAUUUUUCUGGGUGGACGCUUCCCCCCGCAGCCCCCCAGGGCGGGGUUCAAUAAACCUGAUUUCAAUAAAAAUCA